AUGACAAUAUUUCUUUCUGUUAAAGCAUGCACGGAACCAUCUGCUGACAUUGUAUUUGUUCUGGACUCCAGUGGAAGUAUCGGUUCCAGCAACUUUCAGAGUAUUCUGUCCUUUGUUCGUGACAUGACCAGUUCAUUUGAUUUUAGCAAUGGUAAAACAAAGGUAUCCGUUGUGACCUUUAGCUCUAGGGUUUAUGAGGCAUUCCCUUUAAAUGCAUAUCAGAGUGCCUCAGCCAUUGCAGAUGCUGUUUCCAGGGUACCGUACUAUGCGGGUGGCACAGACACUGCAUCAGCACUUCGUUAUGUGGAGAACUACAGUUUUAUCGCAUCAAAAGGGGCAGCAAUGAAUUCCAGCAGGAUAGUAAUUGUAAUAACAGACGGACAGUCUAAUGAUCCUGCCGCCACAAAAAUAGCUGCUGAAGCACUGCGAUCUAUUGGAGUCACUACGUAUUCCAUUGGAAUCGGAAGUGGAAUUGGACAGAGAGAGUUAGAAAAUAUUGCCUCUGAUAUUAAUCAUGUAUUCAGAGUGUCCAAUUACAAUGCUCUUCAACAGGUACAGCUGUCCCUUGGUGUUGAAAACUGCCAUGUUGUUGAUAUCUACUUGCCAUGGGAGUCAUCCGGAAAAUCUCCAAAUUAUCUUUGGAAUAGUCCUAACACUCGAGCAACACCAGUAGAUAUUGAGACGUCAGCAUACACACUGCUCUAUUAUGUAAAAAGUCAGAAAUAUGUCCAGGCGCAGAAAAUACUGAAAUGGAUUCUUAAACAAAGAAAUGCGAAUGGAGGCUUUGCUUCCACUCAGGAUACUGUUCUGGCCUUACAAGCGUUGUCCGAACUGACGCAUUCCCAGUCUGGUAAUUCACUCCUAGAUUUAAAUAUCAUCGUCAAUACUCACAAUGAAAGUCACAGUGUCAAGGUCAAUGAAAAAAACAAGAUGGUUCUUCAGAAAUUUCAGCCCUCUGGAGUUCCAGACAUCGUUAAUGUUACAGCUAGUGGUCAUGGAGCAGCUUUAGUCCAGGUGGCAGUAAAUUAUAAUGUUAAGGAACAAAUAGAGAAACCGGCCUUCUUGAUUGAUGUUAGUAGUCUGAAAGAAACCAUGGAAACUAUAACUACAAGAAUGUGUACAAGCUAUAAUACAUCCGCAGCUGUGGGAAGCGGUAUGGCUAUUGUAGAGUACGGUGUCCCGUCAGGGUUUGAAGUUGACAUGGAGAGCAUCAGCUAUCAUCAAAAUCUCAAGAAAUCAGAGCUCGAUGACAGAAACGUGGUCCUAUAUUUCGAUGAGAUAACCAGGAACGAGGCUUGUGUCACAGUAAACGUGGAAAGAAGCACCUUGGUUGCAAAUAUUAAACCUUCACCUGUUCGUGUGUACGAGUAUUAUAAUCCAGAACACCAAGUAACAACUUUUUAUACACCCUCCAUCUUGAAGCAAACCAGUUAUUGUGAUGUUUGUCCAACUUGCCCAUGUGGCACAAAGACGAAAUGAAGGCUACGUACGCAAUCAAAUCAAACGGAAUAACAGUCCAGAUAAUACCUUUUGAUACUUGUUUUCAAUAAAUUUUGCUGAGUUACUAAUA